GGAAUUCACCCUACGAAACAAGCUGUUAGUAUUUUUGUACUUACAAAAAUUUUCUUGAACCAGGAUGGAACAUGCAUUGUUCAUCACCUUUUUGGUCAUGAAGUUGUGGAGAAGAUAAAUGAAAUGUACUGUGAUGCAUUCUUAACUGCCCAUUUUGAAGUUCCUGGUGAGAUGUUCUCUUUAGCAAUGGAAGCGAAGCGAAGGGGAAUGGGGGUAGUAGGUUCCACCCAAAAUAUAUUGGACUUCAUCAAACAGAGGCUGCAAGAGGCUUUAGAUAGAAAUAUCGAUGACCAUCUUCAGUUUGUUUUAGGAACCGAAUCAGGAAUGGUGACUUCAAUUGUUACAGCAGUCCGCAUUUUAUUAGGGUCUAUGAAGUCCUCAGCAAGAGCUAAAGUUAGCGUUGAGAUUAUAUUUCCUGUCUCAUCAGAGUCAGUGACCAAAAUGCCAAACUCGUCUCUGGGUAAAGCAUUGGAGUUCUUGAAUAUACCUGUUAUACCUGGAGUUACAAGUGGAGAGGGGUGUUCUAUUCAUGGUGGCUGUGCAUCCUGUCCUUACAUGAAGAUGAACUCGCUUAGCUCGCUUCUCAAAGUUUGCCAUAGCUUGCCCCAUGACAAAGAUAGCCUUUCGGCUUACGAGGCUGCACGGUUCAGUUUAGAGACUCCAAAGGGAAAACUGAUAGCUGAUGUUGGUUGCGAACCAAUUCUGCAUAUGCGAGAUUUUCAGGCUACUAAAAGACUGCCGGAGAAGCUGAUCGACCAAAUUCUCCACAAUGGUGGUGAUGAAAUAUAAGCGUGGAGGCUCUCAAAGCAGCUUGAUUAGCACUGCAUUCUUGAAAUUAAGAAUAUACUAUGAAAUGAGAAGGCAAUAAUUUCGACAGAAACUAGCAUACAAAGUUUUUAUGUUGUAAAAGCUUAUAAAUAGAGUUUCAUUUUCUUUAUUGUAUUGAUCUGGAUAUUUAUUCAAUGUAAAACCCAAACUUCCAAAGCAAGACUGACAACGAUUUUGGUAUGUUUAGUAAAAUAGAUUGGAUAAUAA